UGAGCAUUAACAUCUCACUUUCUUAUCUGUUAUUGUUGUCUGAUGAUUAAUGUAAGACAAAUUCUUGUCUAACAUCACAUCUUCGCUGCACAUCUUCGAUUAAUCACUUUAAAUGGUUCAUAAAGGUACUUCUGAAGCAUAAAAGUAUGAAAUACACAUGAACAUCUCCAAAAUCUCAAACAUAUUCAUGAAACUUUAGCUAGCUCUCCCCUUUAUGCCAAACCAAACAUCCUACAUUAGUCAAACUUGUAAGAAUACAUGUUCUCCCAUCGUGAACUCUUUGUGACGAUGCUUCUUGUUAGAAUAUAACUUUUUCUCACUUUGAGUUGUCACUACACUAUCUCUAACCAAUUUAACCUUAUCAACGACAUCUUGAAUCAACUCUACAUCCACUAACUUAGCUAUCCCAACUUCAACUAUCCUAGCCCUAAAUCGCCUACCAUGCCGUGCCUCAAAGGCGCUAUUUGACAACUAGACUGAUAACUUUUGUUAUAUGUAAAUUUUCAUCUUAGGAAAAUAUCAAUAUCAAAUUACUCAAAGAUCAACACAAGUUCUAAGCAUAUCCUCUAGGAUUUAUACAGUUUUCACAAAUUGCCAAUCAGUCUUAUGAUAAAAGUUGUACUAAGACUCAAAUGAGUUCCCAAUAUAGAUCAUAAAGACUUCCAAAACUGAACUACAAUUUAAGAUUCAGUAUCAGAGAUAAUGGAAAACAACGCACCCUACAAGGUGACAACCUCAAGUAAAAUAGAUCCCAACAUACUGAGGUACAAUAUUAGUAGUCUUCACAGGUAAGAAAUGGACAUAAAUGGUCAACUUGUCCAUAAUCACACACACCAAGCUUUUUGAUGGAAGAGAGCAAGAAGAAGAAGAAAGAGGAGUUGGAAUGGAGAAGAAAGACAUGGAAACUAGUUUCAAAGGUUCGAAUGGAAUCACCGCUGAUUCAAUGCAUAACUAAUUUCGUAUCAAUGGAUUUAAUGGCGAAUACUCUCUUAUCAGCUGGAGCAUCACCAGCAAUGGUUCAUUCACUCGAAGAGAUAUCAGAAUUCACUCCACGAGUAAGUGCUCUCUGUCUUAAUGUUGGAACACUCUCAUCUUCUUCUCUUCCUGCUAUGAUAGCUGCUGCUAAGCUAUGCUCUCAGUUGAAUAUCCCUUGGGUUCUUGAUCCUGUUGCUGUCUCUGCUUCUUCUUUCCGUUUCGAUGCUUGCGUUCAACUUGUUACAUUCAAACCAACUGUUAUUCGAGGAAAUGCCUCUGAAAUUAUCUCCCUUUCUUCUUCCUCACUUCAAUCCUCCGCUGCCUCAAUGGGUGUGGACAGUACUCACGGUUCAAUGGAUGCAGUUGAAGCAGCAAAGUUGUUGGCUCAAACAAGUGGUGCCAUAGUUGCAGUGUCAGGGGCCACUGACAUUGUCACAGAUGGAAAUCAAGUUGUUGGUGCUCACAAUGGUGUGCCAUUGAUGCAAAAAAUAACAGCAACGGGGUGUGCAGUCACUGCACUUAUUGCUGCCUUUGUUGCAGUUGACAAAAGCCAUGCUUUAGAUGCGGCAGUAUCAGCAUUAGCUGUAUUUGGUGUUGCUGGUGAGUUGGGAAUGAAGAUGGCGAAAGGUCCUUCAUCGUUGCGGAUGCACUUGAUAGAUUCACUCUACGGUCUUGAUGAAGCUACCUUGCAAUCUCAUGUUAAUAUCACUAGCUUGUGUUGAAAUCUGAAGAUCCGCAUGUAGCUCUUGCAAAUCGGUAAUAUUAUUACAUUUUUAUCUAUCAUAGCUCAUAGUUGUUAUUGUUAUCCAAUCCAUCAGUUGAAGAUGGAUCAUUAGCGACAGUGGAGAUCCUCAAUAAUCAGUAGCUAGUAAUAACAGGAUGUUCUGCUUUAAUAUAUCUCACGGUUUCACUAGCAUUGCCUUGGCUAGAAAGAAUGGUCUAGUUUUUGUUGUCCUCCUAACUUAUUUUGGUCAACGUUAACCGUAUUUUGAAAGUUAAUUCCUUAUAAUGUCUAUGAUGCAUAGGAAUUGAUUUGUUGAAAGUUGUUCCCGAACUGUUGAGAUUGAGACAUUGCUUAUCGUGUGGAAGAUCUGUCGAGUUAAGUAUAUAUGAGGGAAUGAAUAACAUUUUCUUACAUGUCAUGCUUCUUAUGCAUUCUGCAGUAAACUUUUUAUUUGUUCAGGUUUUUGUUUCAUAGACUUAUGUGAUGUUGUUCCAUCAUGUUAUUUUUUCCUUUUUCAUUCUUGUUCAUGUGCUAUAAUAGCUAAUGUUUCACCACUUA